AUGGACCUCGACAGCCUGGGGUGCGUCAUGGACCUCGACAGCCGGAGGGGUGUCAUGGACCUCGAUAGCCGGGGCAUCUUCCACAGCUGGGUCUCCAUGGUGGCCGAGCAGAUGGGUCACCACGACGUCCACUACCCCUGGGUCGGCGGUGAGGACCUGUGGCGCGCCGACAUGGAGCCCCCCAGCAACGACGGCUUCCUGUACCCGGCGCGCUUCUUCAUGGGGUGCGAGUGUUCAGCGUGCGGGCGGCCCGAGCGAGCGCGUGCCGUACGCCGGACGUGCCGCAGUCGGCGCGUGCAGAGCCGGUGGCCGGCGGCGCUCGACAUGACGCUCUUCAACAUGUGGUGGCGGCCGGAGGAGUACGAGGGUGAGUCGGCCGAGGCGGCGAUGUUCGUCUCCAAGGCCGAUCUUCAGAUGCACGUGCAGGUGCACAUGCGCGAGGCCAAGCCGUACAAGUGCAGCCAGUGCUCCAAGGCGUUCGCCAACAGCUCGUACCUGUCGCAACACACGCGCAUCCACCUGGGGAUCAAGCCGUACCGCUGCGAGAUCUGCCAGCGCAAGUUCACGCAGCUGUCGCACCUGCAGCAGCACAUCCGCACACACACGGGCGACAAGCCGUACAAGUGUCGCCACCCGGGCUGCUCCAAGGCGUUCUCACAGCUCUCCAACCUGCAGAGCCACUCUCGCUGCCACCAGACAGACAAGCCGUACAAGUGCAACUCCUGCUACAAGUGCUUCACCGACGAGGCCAGCUUGCUCGAGCACAUCCCCAAGCACCGCGAGUCGAAGCACCUAAAGACGCAGAUCUGCCCGUACUGCGGCAAGAGCUACACACAGGAGACGUACCUGCAGAAGCACAUGCAGAAGCACGCCGACCGCAUGGACAAGCGCGGCGGGACGGGCCAGGCCGUGCCGCAGCGCAUCGACAACCCGUACUGGCCCAAGGACGAGUUCGACGUCAAUGGUGGUGGCCUGCAGUCGCCGCUGGACCCCUCCCGGCUGCACCUGGGUCGCGACGGUCUGGAGCACCGCGUGCUCAGUCUGGACGACCCGCGUCUGCACGCCGGCCGCGACACGCUGGAGCACCGCGUGCUCAACCUAGACGAGCACCGGCCGGCGCACAGCCUGGCACAGAACGUCAUCUACGAGCCGAUGCCGCGCGCCUCGGUGGCCGCCUCGUCGGCCUUCACGCCGAUCCAGGGUGGCAUGGCGCCAGUGGGAAGCGGCGGCCUGCCACUCCAGGUGGCGCCCACGUCGCAGCGCUACUUCUACGACCCCAACAGCUUCCCGAAGGGCGGCGGCGCCGGGCCGGAGCUGAAGGCAACCGCUAACGCCAGCGGCUUCAUUUCGCUGCACCAGAUCAGCAGCUACGCACAGCAGCAGCGUGGCGGCGAGCUGCUCGGCCUCAAGGAGAAGCCGCAGCCGCCGCCGCACUCGCAGUAG